AUGGUAAGGGAUGUAUUUGAAGAUUUUGAGUUUAGUGAAUGUGACUCCAGUGACUUGGAUGAUUUACAAGAAUUGGACCUUGACUUUGAUUUUGAUUUUGAAUAUGGUGGAGAAUAUGGUGGAGAAUAUGGAUAUGGCAGCAAUGGAAGUAGUUCUGAGUCUGGUUCAUCUGUUGAGUCAUUAUGCUCUGAUGUGUCAAAUGUGUCUGGCGUUGCCAAGUUUGAUUGA